AGUUUCGUAACUGUAAAGACUCUUUGCAGAUCUGCAACUCGCAAGGGGGAAAAGACACUCUGAAGUUUUUGUUUUUGGAUUUAAAACCUGAAUUUAAAAAAUUAUAGCCAAGACUAUAAUCACAGCAAAAUAAGGAUGUCGGAGAGGGGCCGGAUUUUGAUUAAAGGAGGUAAGGUGGUGAAUGAGGAGUGUACCGUGCUGGCUGAUGUGUUUAUAGAGGACGGGGUGAUCCAGGAAGUGGGCUCCGAGCUGCAGCUUCCGGAGAGCGGAACGCGAGUGCUAGACGCCAGCGGGAAACUGGUGCUGCCCGGAGGAAUAGACACGCACACACAUAUGGAGCUGGAGUUCAUGGGCACUGUGGCGGUGGAUGAUUUCCUCUCAGGUACCAAGGCCGCAGUAGCCGGUGGAACCACCAUGAUCCUGGAUUUUGUCAUCCCUCGAAAAGGAACGUCUCUGCUUGAGGCGUAUGACAGAUGGAGGAAGAUCGCUGACGCCAAAGUGUGCUGUGACUAUUCCCUCCACGUCGCUGUUACCUGGUGGGAUGAUAGUGUCAAACGAGAGAUGGAGACUCUUGUUCAAGAGAGAGGAGUGAACUCAUUCAAGACGUUUAUGGCGUACAAAGAUGUGUUCAUGCUACGUGACGACGAGCUCUUCUCCGUUUUCUCUCACUGUAAAGACAUUGGAGCCCUUGCGCAAGUCCACGCUGAGAACGGAGAUCUGAUUGCAGAGGGGACCAAGAAAAUGCUGUCUUUGGGAAUCACAGGACCUGAAGGCCAUGAACUCUGUCGCCCUGAGGACGUGGAAUCGGAGGCCACUCAGCGUGCCAUCACCAUUGCCCACGCUGCCAACUGCCCUCUGUAUGUGGUGCAUGUCAUGAGCAAAUCAGCUGCUAAAGUUGUAGCUGCCGCUCGCAGAAACGGGCGAGUGGUGUUUGGCGAGCCCAUAGCUGCUGGCCUGGGUACUGAUGGCACUCAUUACUGGCACAAGGACUGGGCACAUGCAGCAAGAUUCGUUAUGGGACCUCCACUAAGGCCGGAUCCCAGCACACCCGGCUAUCUCAUGGACUUGCUCGCUAAUGACGAUCUGAGUGUAACUGGGACUGAUAACUGCACGUUCUUGAUUUGCCAAAAAGCCCUGGGCAAAGACGACUUCACUAAAAUUCCCAAUGGCGUUAACGGUGUGGAGGAUCGUAUGUCUGUCAUCUGGGAGAAAGGAGUGCAUAGCGGCAAAAUGGAUGAAAAUCGAUUUGUGGCAGUCACCAGCAGCAGCGCAGCCAAAAUCUUCAACCUUUAUCCACAGAAAGGGAGGAUUGCCAAAGGCUCUGAUGCAGACCUGGUUAUUUGGGACCCAAACGCUACCAGGGUGAUUUCAGCAAAGACCCACCACCAGGCGGUGGAUUAUAACAUCUUCGAAGGGAUGGAGUGCCACGGUGUUCCUCUGGUGACCAUCUCCGGAGGCAGGGUGGUGUAUGAAAAUGGCCGUGUGUUGGCUGAGCCUGGGACAGGAAGGUUUAUUCCCCGAAAGCCCUACUCUGACUUUGUGUACAAGAGAAUAAGACGAAGGGACGAGGUUGGGAAACCCAGUGCCGUGGUCAGGACACCCUAUAAAGGAGAAGUCAUAUCUACAGCAAACUGAGCUUAAAGAAAAACACCAGAAAUCUUGCAAUAUAACCGAGUAACCAUUUCUUCUUCUAAGAUUUUAAAGUUGAUAUGCAGUGCUGUGAAAAAGUCUUAGAUUAAAAGGUGUUUGUGAAGCCUUCUUUAGAAUUACAGAUGCAUUCAUACAAUUUGUUUUUCCAGACGUUUUCAGAGUACGAGUGCGUGGUUUUUACUUGUCCUUACUGAUACUGAGGCUACGUCCAUGUUAAUCCGGAUAGAUCUGUAAGCUGCAUCUUCGUUUUAAAACGUUCUCCAUCUACAGUCGUUUUCAAAGGCUUUCUGAAAAUUGCUCGUCCACACUGAAACCGUCUGAAAACGCUUAGAUCCCUAUACUGCACGUGCGUAAAAACUGCGCAGUACAACGCCGUCCACCAUCUUGUUUGUUUUGAGUUCAAUGGGUCACAUGACUGCAUCACAUGCCUAAAAAUACAUCAUCGUUUUUGAGUAUCAACGUUUAAUCAGUUCACACUACAACAUGAGAACGAAGAUGCGUUUUGAAUAUUUAUCCGAAUUAAUGUAUACAUAGCCUGAUACUGAAAUGACUAACCUGUUUAGUAUUAAUCAAUCAGGGGUGUCAUGGAACAAUUUAUUAGCCAUGUUUAUAUUUGUUGCUGCGGUGUGCUGCUAGCAAUGAACCCCUCUAAGAUACUAAGAUUUACGUUUAAGAUGCUAAUUGUCAAUGCUCUGCACGCUCUGGUCGACUCGCUGUCUGUUUAAAAAGCAUAAGAUGGUACGGUGGUAUCGGUAGACGUGCAAGGAAAUGAGCAUGGUGUUGAGAUGGAUACACAAUAUCAGUAUCAGUAUCGAUACGUCCCUAUUUAGAAUGCACGACCGAAGCUGUGUACGUCAUUUUCUCAAAGAUGUAGUGUGAGAAAUCAAAUUCUUUUUAUAUUUGUCUGCGUUCAUCUGUCUAUUUUCAGCAAAUCCCCUACAGCACUAGCUGAAACACGCACGCGCGCACACAAACACACACACACACAAGUGCUAUGAAUCACCUCUGUGAUUCACAGAAACCUACAGACAUGCAUCAUUGUGUUUACUGGCUCCUAAACAAACCAUCUUAAAAAUUGGACUCAUCACUUCAUAAGACUUUCUGCCACCAGUUGUAACAGCUUGAUUUAUAGUUUCAUACUUUGUCUUUAUGUAAACAACAACAAAAAAAGGUUGCUUUGCUGCAACACACGCAAUAACACUAUUCCUCAUUGAUUUUGGUGCCAAGCGGCUGCGCCAGAUACUGAGCAAGCAGUUGACUAUAUUUCUUCUUGUCCCUUUGGGAAAUGCCUUUAAAUGCUGGAUGUUUUGGCUCCUUCACUGAAUUUUCUGUCUUCAGCUUGGCUAGUUUCUUCAGAUAUGUUUUAAUUAUAAUGUAGGGCGCUUCAAGGUGUUCAUCUAUCCAUCUCACAUUAUGUAUGCAGUUUUUUUUCAAGAAAAAAAAACUACUUUUAUUGUACUAAUAUUGAUUGGAAAAAAUUUAGAAAUGUCCAGACCCCGUGUUUUUCCCCCCACAUUUUGUUGUGUUGCAGCUUUAUGCUAAAAUGCUUUAAAUAAUAUAUUAUUUUUUUCACAUCAAUCUCCAUUCCGUACCCCAUGACAAAGCAAUAAUCAAAUUUAUGGCAACUUUGCAAAUUUAUAAAAAUAAAUAACUGAAAUAACCCCCCCAAACACUAAAACAUUGACAUAAGUAUUCUGAUCCAAUGCAGUGACACUUCAAAUUUAUCUCGGGUGCAUCCAAUUUCUCUGGAUCAUCUUUGAGAUGUUUCUACACUUUGAUUUGACAGAAACAUAUUUAAUGGAAAAGCAUAUACAAUAAAAAUAAAACCAUGUCAAAUGAGCUUUUAUUUUAAACAAAGAAAAAGACUGAGAAAGUAAAAUAUUCUGUAGUACAUUUUGUACAGUUUGACCGCAUUUUGUAAUUGACCUACUUUCACGUUUGAGAGCUGAAAAAUAAUCCUAGUUAUGUGAAAUUUUGAAAAAGCUCUUGAGCCUUGUAAAAUAAAGGUUGAGUGAAAUAAAAAUGGGUCACGAUAUGGGUCAAGUGUAGCGUGAUCGAGUGGUUUGAAAACGUCUACGUAUAGAGAAUGAAAUUUGUGGACAAAGUGAUAGUAAACCAUAGUAAACAUAGAAUUUGUAUCUCCUAUUAACACAGCAGAUUUGAUAGUGAUGCUGAAGGUUUUGUGUUUGCGCAUAUAUUAAUAAUAUAUUAAUAAUUUGGAUGGGUUUUUUUUUUGUAGUGUUUUUUUUUGUAAGUCAAGCAAAAAAUCGAAUCCAAGCGUAUAAAUGAGCUGUUAGGAGUUAGAAGUCUUGCACAAGGGUUCAAAUAUUGGCUGUCAAGCAGUCUUGGGAUUUAACCUCACAUUCCAAACUACCAAUUUCUUCAGCUUGAGGAUCUUUUACCAAUCUUUUAUCAUGUACAUCAUCUAAAAUCGUCAGGUUCUUCAUCCAUACUUUAUCUGGACAGCAUUGAUAUUGUCUAUUGAUGUUUUGCAGCAACAUUAAAAACAUUACAAUUUUACAAGCUCUGUAAUGAAAUGAAAUAUUUUGGUAAUAAACAAAUUUUAUAUCAAUA